UUCCCGCCUUCCCGCUUCCUCAAUCAAAGUCUUCAUUUAUUUAUUUUUUAUCUAUUUAUUAUUUUUCUGGGUUUCUACUUUCGACCAAAUUACAAAGGAAAAAAAAAGCAGGAAGGGGAGCAUUUGGCGGUCUCUGGGGAAAUUCUUAAGCUUUCAGUCUUGAAAGAGAGCAAGAGAGUGAUGAAGAUGUAGAGCCUUUGGUGAAAAUGGGUACUCCAGAGAAAACCCAGAUCACUCCUACUUCUCUUUCCAAAUUCGAGGAUUCACCUGUCUUUAAGUACAUUGACAGUCUCUCGCCUAUCGAGCUAGGCAAGUCCAGUCAGACAAAUAAUGAUUUCAAUUCGUUAGCCUGUUUGUCCCCUUCAUCUUUGUUUCCUUCCCCACAGAUCAAUUGCCAUAGGGAAUCCAGGUUUUCAGUUGAAAGGCAUCAUUUAUCGGCAGAUUCAAACUCUAGGGUCCUUCAGAACGGUAAUCAAUCUAAUACAAGUGAGGAAGCUUCAAAAGCUGUUGAGCAAUCUGAUUUGUACAAUGAACAUCUGGGAUGUCUCGAUAAGGACAGUUCAUUCAAAGGAAUUAGCUGUAAUAUCUUUGAUGAGAAAUCAGAUUUAGCAAUUGAGUUGCCAAGAACCUCAAACUACAAUUGUGGAAGUCCUGAUGGCAACUUGGAGCCUUGUUAUAAGUUACUUAAAAAAACAAGUCCGGAAGUGGCUGGGCAAGAGAGAUCUCCUUUCCAACGCAAUAGAGAUGAAUGGCAAGAGAGGCAACGGUCAUUUGAAAGUGAAAGAGAUUUACGUAAAAUACGUGGAAUUAAGCUGAGUGAAGAAUCAGCAGGAUGUGGCUGGGUUGCAAUUGUUUCUGAUGUUGCUGAUAUAUUGACAGUAAAUUCAGCUAAUGUUAUUCAUGAGAAUACCGAUGGACAAGACCUGGGAAUGGAAGACUCUGAUACAACCUCUUUUAUAUCAAAUAUCCCACAGAUUCCACUAGAUAAUGCAAAUAAUUUGGAAAAUGUAGAAUCUGGUGACCUUCGAGUUUCUCGUGAACAAAAUGAAUUGGGAGAGCCAGUGACAGAUCAGACAUCUGGCAUCCUGUCUAGAUGUCUAGUGGACAAACUAGUUGUCAGUGAUUCAGGUUUGAAAAAUGAUGACAAGAUGAAAUUCAACCAGUUCAGUCGUCAGCAGCGUAGCAUAAGACGACGUUGUUUGGUUUUUGAGAAAUCUCCUGGUUUUGGUUUGCACUUGACUUCCCUUCCAAACAUCUCAAAAGGUCAGAGUCCUCCUAAUAAAUCAACUCUAAGCUUUAUAAAAACGGGUAAGGUUCCUUGUGACAGUGGAGCUGUGGUUGCAGAAAAUUCUUCCGAGACACCUGCAACUGUUGGUGGCGAUGAUGCUGGCCAUAGUACUCCUGAAAAGAAGAGACAAAAGUUUGAAUUUAUUGAGAGUGCAUCCUGCAAGCGCUGUAACUGUAAGAGAUCAAAAUGCUUGAAACUUUAUUGUGACUGCUUUGCUGCCGGUCUCUACUGUAUUGAGCCGUGUUCAUGCCUAGAUUGUUUCAAUAAGCCAAUUCAUGAAAACGUGGUUUUAGAGACUCGCAAACAGAUUGAAUCUCGCAAUCCACAAGCAUUUGCUCCCAAAGUGGUUAGAAGCACAGACGGUGUUUUGGACUCCUGGGGCGAAACUAGCAAUACUCCAGCGUCGGCGAGACAUAAAAGAGGAUGCAAUUGUAAAAGGUCAAGUUGCUUAAAGAAGUACUGUGAAUGUUUUCAGGGUGGUGUUGGAUGUUCCCCCAGUUGUAGAUGUGAAGGUUGUAAAAAUAGUUUCGGUCGGAAGGAUGGAUGUGAUGAAUCUGAACAUAAUGAGGACGGCUUAGAGGCUUCUGAACAGAAUGCAUCAGAUAAAAAUUCACAUGACAAUGUAAUUGAUAAGAAAACCGAAGAGCAUCGAGAACUUUCGGUACCUUCUGAUAUUUCUAGGUUGCCAUUUGCUUAUAGAGGAAAGCUCACGGGAUCUUUUCAACAUGGCUCGGAUUCAUCCUCAUGUAUGUCCAAAUUCGAUUCAAAUCUUCAGGCAAUUCCGGAAAACAAAACUCCCGAGGUUCCGAAACAUAAAUGCUUACCACUUGUUCCGAAACUGAACUCCUCUCCCAACUCUAAGAGGGUGUCAUCGCCUCAUCGCGAGUGCGCUUCAACCGCUGCACACCGAAGUAGGAAAUUGAAACUGAAAUUUGUCCCUUCAAUCCGAUCAUCGUCUCUGCCAUCAGAACCGUGAUUUUCAAGAACCGUCGUCGUUAUCCGUGUAAGGUAACAAUGUAGUUCCAUUAUCAGUUGUGCAGCGGAUGAGUAUGUUUAUAAAGUGGUAGUCCCUGUAAUGUUGUGUAUUCCGCUUGUUUACCGUAAAUUGCAGGCUUGUUUGUAGCUGACAAUCAUAAGAAUGUG